GCUGGUGCAGGGCAGAGGGGGAGUUCUGCAGGGUCAAAAAUACAUAGGAGCUGCAAAUCAGAGCCUCAGCAGACCUGCGCAACUUUCUAACAAGCAGUUUGUUUGUUUUUGUUACUACUUUUAAGUUAAUUCUGGUCGCUGCAAAGAUGACCACAGCCGUGGUGUCGCCUUUCUUCGACUUCGAAGUAAUGAACAAGAACAACAAACUGCUCAGCUACAACAACAACCUGGGUGCUCCUCAUCCCAUGUCUGUCCCUUGCACUGGCACCAAUGUGCCCAUCUCCAGCCCCGCCGGAGCCCUGCUGGACAGGAAGGCGGUGGGAUCUCCCUCAGUGGGAGGUGUGUACCAGCGGCGGCACUCUGUCAGCAGCACAAAGUUCAGCCAGAACCAGUUUCUGAACAGCCUGAAGACAGCGGACCACUCCUCACUCAUCUCAGGGGUUGGCAACGCCAGCAACAACAAGGAGAACCGCCUGCGAGACCGCUCCUUCUCUGAGACGGGUGAGAGGCUCCUUAACAAGUGCCUGGGCCCUGCCAGUCCCACCAGCGGUGGCAGCCAAGUGAACUCCAGCCGUUACAAGACAGAGCUUUGCAGGCCCUUUGAGGAAAAUGGUUCCUGCAAGUAUGGCGACAAAUGCCAGUUUGCUCACGGAAUCCAUGAACUGCGCAGCCUGAGCCGCCAUCCCAAAUACAAAACUGAGCUGUGCCGCACCUUCCAUACCAUCGGAUUCUGCCCAUACGGGCCUCGCUGCCAUUUCAUCCACAAUGCAGAGGAGCGCCGUGGACCUCCCCAACAGUGCUCCCCUCUUAACUCUUCUAACAAGAUGGACAGGCCUCGACUGCAGCACAGCUACAGCUUCGCAGGCUUCUCCAGCUCAGCUGGGCUGAGAGACAGCCCCACCUCAGUCACCCCCCCACCCAUGUUCUUCCCUGAUGAGGUCCCCGACUGGCCCAGUAGUAACCCCUUCACCUACUCCAGCCAGGAGCUGGCCAACCUGUUUGGGCCCAGCCUCAGUGCCGGUCCUGUAGGCACCGAGCCCAACACCCCUGCACCUCCCUCUCCAACAAGCACGCCUUACUAUUUCAGACCCAUGUUGGAGUCCCCUCAGAUGUUCGAGUCUCCAUCUAGCCCUCCCGACUCUCUGUCAGACCAAGAGGGCUACCAGAGCAGCUCUGGAGGCAGCCUUAGUGGCUCUGAGUCCCCCACGCUGGAUACCACCCGCCGCCUUCCCAUCUUCAGCCGCCUCUCCAUCUCUGAUGAUUAGACUGCACGCAUCCACCAGUGACUUUAAGUUUGAUGACACAAAGAGAACACGGCACUCCCCUCUACCUCUGUCCCUUUCCGAAGCUUCCCUGUCUUCCCUUACACAAGACACCGUGUUAACUCCUUGUUAGCAUUGUAAGGACGUAGUCACUUACGGGAACUCUCUCCACUCAAAUUAUCAUUUCACCCCUGUCAAUCUGCACAGCAAGUUUUAAAACAUACCCUGCUAUGUGUCAUAGUGCCAAAAAAGGAGAUGAAAUUGAACAAUGAAAAUCAUGAACAAGAACAAGAAUUGACUGUUUUGCCAGGUGCCACUUGUUUUAAUUAAUUUUUUUUGUUUGUUUUUUUUGUUCUUGAAUGUGUAGCAGCACAAGUGGCCUUGGACAGGGGAGUGUAUUGCACUAGCCCCGGGCCCCCCGCCCAACAAACCCCCCCUCCCCCAACAAUACCACUUCCCCAUAGCUAGCUAGAGGGUGUUUACUAGCGUAUGUAACUGUAGAUCUACCGCAGCCGUUUUUACAGACUGAGUUAAGACAAAAGGAAAAAAAAUAAAGACCCUGAAAAGAUAUGAAUAGUUUUUAAAAAGAAAAAAGUGCCUGGGGUGGUUUCUGCAUGUGUUUAGGGUGAAUGGACUACUGUUUAUUUUUGGUUCUUUCUCAUUUGCCCCCUCUCCACCCCUCUGUCACGGUUCUUCUCAAGCCCCUUCUUAUGUAAUUGUGGACUGGGUGAGUCUGCAGGAAGGACUUUGAACUGGAAGUUGGUUAUGUGUGUGUCGUCGUCCCCUCACCCCCCCAGAGUUUUUCUCCUCCUGUUGCUGGUCACUGGCUCUUUUUUGGGAAGGAAGUCUUGAUAUCAAACUGAUCAUUAAACCUGUUAGACUUUGUCCCGCCUCUCAACCCUGCCUUCCCCCUUCAUCCUCACCGGUCUGGGGAAUUCCAGCAUUCCCAUGGUGCAGUUGUACAUCCUGCGACUUGACAAGAUCGGAUCUCCAAGCUAUUUUACUUUACUUCUCCUCCACUUUAGAACCUGCUCCGAGGAGCGCUCUGUACUCAUUACAUCCCUUUUGCUUUCUUUUAUUUGAUAAUUAUUUUUUAUUAAUGUUGUUAUUAUUACGGUUAUUAUUGUUUGAAAAACUUUCCAGACAGAAGGUUUGCUUGUCACUGCUUAUUUAACUUAUCAGAACAUAUUUAUUGGUGAUCAUAUGCAUUUUUUUGUUAAUUUUGUUUUGUAUUUAUCUGGAUAAUGAACAAUAGAAUAUAUUUUCUUUUAUGUUAAAUUAUGAUCUUCCAUAUUAAUCUAAAGAUUGUGAAGACGUUUUUGUCAGUUUUCCUUUUUUCACAGUUUAAUAUAUUGUACUUCAAUGACUUUUGUUCUGCAACUACACUUUGUCAAAAUGAAACUUAAUUUAAAGCAAAAAAAAUGCAAAAAAAGAUGUUUUGCGUUUUGAUUAUUUAUUGUACUUUUUUUUUUUUUUUUUUUUCCUUACUCCCUCUUAUUGGACUGCAAUUCCAUCUAAACUAGAUUUGCUUAUAUUCAUUCCUGAUGUUUUCCCCUUCACAUUUUACAAUAAUCUUACAGUAACAGUAGCUAACUGUUAUUACAUUGAUUGAACUCUCUGGUUGAUGGUGGAAGUAAAGGGGUGCUAAAAGGCCUCUUACAUCACUGGUUUGAGUCCCCAAGUUAGAAGACUGGUUAUGUUGAAAUGUCUUCUGCAAUGUUCUUACACCCAGUCUGUUAUUAGAAGCAAUAGCUGUGACCAAAUGGGUUGAGGAAAGUUUUUGUUUUCUUAUUAAUGUUAAUGGAUGCUUAAUGCACUUGCUUGGCCCCCUCUUGACCAUUGGAAGUGCCUCGUUGAAUACAUUCCAGGUAGCUAAGGCUUUCUCUGCCUUUUAUAUUUGAUAAUGGAGGACAAUUAAUUUUUUAAAGUCACUUGUUCUGUGUUGCCUUUUGCGUGUUUUGGAAGAGGUGAACAGAUUUUGACACAAAGAAAGUAAAACAGUUGAAUGUAUUUUUUCAGCCAUGUUUUUUUUCACUACAGUAAUUUCUGUGAGUUUAUAUGAAAACCUGUUUUUUUUUUUCUUCUCUUUUGUAAGUAUUGAUUGCAGUUAAGUCAAUAAACCCCGUAUUUUUUGAAAAGUUAAAA